ACGUCAUGUACAUAUUUCGAGGGUGAAUUAAUGAAAUGUAUAUUUGUUUUUAGAUGCGAAAAAACUUUCGAAACAUAAAACCGAUGUUUUCGGUACAAGCUAAAAUGAAAAAAAAAUACCUGGAAAUAAAAUCAGUUUUGAAAAUAAAAUAAAAUCUAAACGACCUUGGAACUAGAUUUCGGAUACUCUUUAUGUUGAUGCUCAUCAACUAGACUUCAUGGAGGAAAGCAGUUGUUGUUACUCGAUUUUUGUUGCAUUUUGUUUAUUUACAUACAGAUCAAAGGAUUUGAAAAAACAUCAGCGAACUAAUAGCAGCUGCCAUUGGAUAGACAUUUACAGAAUAAUGAAGGCAGUCCAAAAUUUAACCUCCCACUUCCAGUAUUUGCAUGACUCCAAGAGGAAGAACAUGAUGCCAGAUAGUGUUUGUCUGUUUGCAACUUCCUAUGUAGCUGCAUUUUGGAUGUAGAAUGUCGGGUGGUUUUCAGACAGUCUUGAUCUCAACUCCCACCACCCCUGUUACUUCCUCAAAUAAUUGUCUUGAUGCUUCUGCCUCAGAUCUCAACAAAACAUCUGAUCAAGAGAAUCCAGGAACUUUAUUGGAAACCCACAUGUUGCUGAAAAGAGAGAGCUCACCUGAUGUUGCUGUAGGCAGUCCAAGUUUCAUUAUUGAACAGCCACCAUCACAGACAGCGCUGCAGAGCAUUGAUGCUGAUUACAAUUCAAAUUCUUUUAAUUUUUCCUAUGAUGGAAGUUUCUCUCUUUCACCGCAACAAAGCGUGGACAUGAAAGACCUUGAAAAAACAGAUGCUGCCAGUGUCAUCCUCUCUAGCCAGCCUUUAAGCAACUCCUCCUUAUCUACUGGAUCCAAUGCCAGUCCAAAGUCAUUCAUGGCAGUGGGCAUUAAUGAGACCAAAAGUGAUAAAAUGAUCUCUGGUUUUGAUGGCAGAAUGGAUGGACUGUCUCCCUUGUCAGUGAUAGCUGUCUCUGCAUAUCAGGAUGCUGGUCACCCAAGUCCCAAUGUACCUAGCAGCAUUCUUUCAAGGACUCAUGUGCUGCGCUUUCACCCAAGUGGUGAUACUAUGCUCAGUGCGUUGAAUUAUAAUGAUUCUGAUAUGUUGCAGGAAGGUGGCUUCGAUGUACCCUCCAGUCAUACUUUUAGCACUCUUGAUGGUUUAUUAGGUACCACUGGUACAGGAAGUAUGAGAUUACCUGAUUUACUUGAUGGAGACAUGAACCAAGAGGCAUAUAUAGAAACAGGCCAAGAUUUGCAGUUGUCUCCACAAGCUUUUCACAAUAAUGGUGAGACUUUUGCUGUACGAGAAAGCUCCCCUCUGACUGGAUUACCUGAUAAUAUUCAAAUUAAGACUGAAAUACCAGACACUCCUUGUGAAAGUACGAACACAUUAAUAGUUGAAAAAUUAAAAGUAAAAGCUCGUCCUAUCAAAGCAACAUCCCCAAGUCGUCCUGGUACUCAGCCAUGUCCCACUUGUGGCAAAGUAUUCAGUAAUUCUAGUGCUCUUACCAAGCACAAAUUGACUCAUAGUGAUGAAAGAAAGUAUGUGUGCCAGUUAUGUGCCAAAGCUUUUAAAAGACAAGAUCAUUUGAAUGGUCAUAUGCUUACUCACCGAAACAAAAAACCAUUUGAAUGUGAUGCAGAAGGGUGUGGGAAGAGCUACUGCGAUGCAAGAUCAUUGAGAAGACAUAAAGAAAAUCACCAUUCCAAUACAUCAUCUACAACUUUAACCACCACUUUAAGUAGCCAAGUGUCUGUGAUACCUGGUUUAGCACACUUGGGAUUCAAUUCUCUACAGACAUCUUUCCCUGCUAGUGUCAUUACUAGUGCCUCCACUCCUGCUUUUACUGAAUCUACAUUGGCCAACAGAAUACAGUAUGCACCUCCGCCAACAACGUCUCAUGCAAACCGUGCAUCAUCUUCAACUAGUGAGAGCCUCUCAAGAACUGUUAGUAGCUCUGUGGUGAGCUCUGUGAUGCCCACAGCUACUUCACAUUUGCAGUUUCUAACAUUCCAACAACAACAACAAGCAUCCACCAAAGGACAACAGCAAUUAGCCUCUUCAUCACCGAAGAACACCACUCGUUCAGACAGUAACACUGUCCUUUCCUCCUGGCAAUCACAGACAAUCAACACUGGUGCUUUGCUCCUCGCACAAAAUUUUGGAGCUUCACAAUCCGUUGGUCAGGCAAAUCAAUCUGCCCAGCUAUUAACCAGGAGCUUCGACUCAUCCACCAAUGAGCAAGGGAAUUCUUCAGGAUCUGACAUGUCCCAAUCUCAGCUAUUAGGUAUGAAGAUGGAUUCUAAAAAAACAGACUUAAUGUCUCAAGAUUCCAAAGAGCAGACCCAGCUAGAACAAACUGUGUUAUCUGAGGCCUGUUUUGAAGUGGUAAACUCAUCAACAGGAACAAAACAAUUAGUAGCCCUUACACCUCAAGGUUCAAUGAAUCUUCAGUAUGAUUCAAAUCCAGGGACAGUUAGACUUCAGGAUGGUGGUGAUUCUGUUUUUUCAAGAUCCUCAAUGCAGAUAAUGAAAAUUGAAACAUCUGAUCAAAGUAGCAAUACGUCUUCUGUUCCCACAACUCCAACUGCAAAGGAAGCUACAAAUGGUCCUCAGUUAGGAAGUCCAUUGCUUCAGCAAUUACUGAACCAACAGCAUGGUGAAGUUAGUAGUGCAAGUAUCAAUACUUCUCGUUCUGAACACUCAUUGCUGUCCUCAUUGAGUGAUCAACAGAAACAGUCAGUUACUCAACCAUCUUCAGUUCUAAUGUCUUCAUGGUCACAGGUACCAUUUACAGGAAACAGUGUGGUCUCCACAUCUCGCUUUGGCAACCAAGAUCCAAAGCCAGUUGAAUGCAGUUUGUGCCAAAGAAAAUUCAAAAACGUUCCUGCAUUAAAUGGUCACAUGCGACUACAUGGAGGUUAUUUCAAAAAGGAAAAUGAAGCCAAAAAGAAUGAAAAGAAGAAUAAUUCUUCAAAUCAACCAUUGCAUACUGCUAGUAAUAAUGUCAGAGCUCUUAUUGAAGAAAAAAUUAAUCAGAAACGUAGUUUUAUUCCACAGGCAACUGUACAAACUGCUACUCUGGAAACCAGUCAGUCACAGGCUCAAACAUUUGAUUUUCAAUCAAACCAAAUUACCACUGAACCACAGAACAAUUUCAUCCCUCAGCCUUCUCCUAUCCUAAGUCCAGUUACUCAGGAAACAACUGUUUUCAACAAUUUCCCCACUACUAGUCAGGUCUCUGAUCUCGAUGCCCUUAGCUUAAACCUACAAACCUGUGAUAUUCUCAAAAAAUUAGAUCUCAAAGAACAGUUUCGUGUGCCACAUCCUCCAAUUGAAAAGCACCGGCGGCAUUCUGACUCUGAUCAUUUUAUACUUCCCAAACGACCAUGCGCUACUUUCACUAAUAGUGCUUUGGCUGAUCUCCUGCGUAACCGAGUAGUAGCCAAGCGCACUUGCAGGACAGGCUCUGAUCCUGGAGAACCAUUAAAUAUGGAGGCUGCCCUUUCAGACUUUACUGAUUCAUUUUCUGACCUUCCCAAAUUUGCAUCAUCCCUCAACAAUGCCAUGGAUACAGAUCUCGCUGAUCACAACCUCACUGCCAUAACACCUGAGGAUGCUGCUUUGCCUGUCUUAUCAGCUGAAGACAUACCAGAAGCACAGCCCAUGAUCAUGAACAUGCGAGACAUUCCUGAUUUGGACAGUCAUUGCAAUGUCUUUUUUGAUGGGUCUAACAAUGAUCUAGGAGUAGGCCAAUCAUUUCCAGAAAUCUCUGUUAGUGAGUUAGAGAUGAUGCAGUUUGCAUCAAUUGUCACAUCUACUGCUACUUUGACCACUGAAAUCAAACCAGUUAAUGGAGGAAAGAUUCGUACAGGGGAUGACAGCAAUGAUGAUGAUGUCUUUUUGAGUCCUACUAGUCUUCCAACAAGUCCCAUGAAACACAAAAAGAAACGCAGACCUGAGCCUAUAUAUAUUCCACCUUAUGUGAAUACUUCCAACUUCCAUAGUCGUUUGCGGUCUCCUCGAAGACUUGACAUGAAAAAUUCAGAUCAAAAAAAUUUAAGUCCUCCGCCUUAUACACCUCCUCCAAUGUUGAGUCCAGUUCGUAGUGGAUCUGGUUUGUUUUGGCAUAUACUUAGUGGUUCAGGAAGUUUGACUCCUAAGUCAGCUCCUAUUACACCUAGUUUUGGAUUGGCUCGGAAAGCUAGUAUUGGUGAGACUUCACCUGAAGUAGAAGAAGAAUUUACAGAAGUGCCUGAGUCAGAUUCAGUCCCGCAUGUAAAUAUUGGCUCCAAUUACCAGGCUAAAAUACCGCCAUUUAAUCGUAAUUUUAAAGAUGCUUUGUUGGUGAAACAUAAAGCAGAUAAAGUGUGGGAUCCUUCUACCAUGAAUUCUAUAACUGAAGAGGAAGUUGAAAUGUAUUUAGAUUUGUCCUGCUGCGCUUUGGUAUCAGGAGGAGGGCGUAAUAAAGAAUAUGCACUUCAUCUGCUGCAUGUGUGCAAAGGAAAUAUAAAGGAUGCAAUCUUAAGCCUAAUAGACUCAAAACCCAAACUUCCACCUCACCACCCAUUGUUAACAUUUCAGUAUUCAGAAAAUGAUAAAUGGAGUCCUGACGAGAUAGAAGCUUAUCAUCAAGGUCUGUUGAAAUGUGAUAAAGACUUCUUCAGCAUUGCCAAAGAAAUCCCUACUAAAACAGUAAAGCAGUGCAUUCAGUUCUAUUACUUGUGGAAGAAAGUGUGCCCAGAUGAAUACAAGCGUAUCAGACUCAUCAGGCGUAGGAAGGAGCAAGAGAGUCUUAUUUAUAAUCUAAGAUCCAAGGAGGAAGCUCAAGAGAAAGAAGAGAAAAAUAACAAAAGAAGUGUUUCACCAUCUACCACAACUGGUCGAAAGAAUGAAAAUGCAUCUGAAAAGCAAGUAAAUGGCUCAGUCACAACUUCUAAAUCUGACAGGAAAACUUCAAAUCAUGGAAACUCUACUGUUUCCACUUCUACUUACAAUGGCUCUGCUGUCAGCUCUACUUAUGACUUCACUAUAGACUCUCUUGAAGAGUUCCCCUGUAAAAUAUGUGGCAAAGUAUUUAGUAAAGUGAAAAGUCGGAGCGCUCACAUGAAAAGUCACCGUCAGCCUGAGAAUGAAAAGAAACGUUAUGAAAGUUGAACAAGAUUUAAAUCUAACCUAAAAUAAUCUUUCUAAUCUGUAUCCAGAAUUCUGGAAAAAGAAAAAAAAAAAUCUUAGCUGUCACUUGCAGUGACCUAUCCAGUUUUGAAUAUUUGCUCAUUUUGUAUCUUUGCAGAGAUUUUAAAGUAUUGCAGGUUUGGGGCUGUGCUCAGAUCAAAAACAAACUUGCCUUCUUUCGCCUCAAUACCUUUGUUUAGUCUAUGAUGUGUAUUUUGUUAUAGAGGAAAUUUUUAAGUAUUUAUGCAAACUUUUUAAGAAUUCAACUACUCAUAACAAUUCAUCUAUAUAACCAGUGCUGAAAGUAUCUUUUCUCUUUACAUUGUAUUUUAAUGAGAUUUUCCCUUCAAAAGGCCAAUGAUUAUUAGAAUUAUUAGGGAAAAAAAUGUUUUUAAUUUUCUAC